CUUUUAUAAAUAAAUGGACUUUAAAGAAUUUAAAACAAAUCAAUAUGAAAGAAAAAACAGAUUUAAUGAUAAAAUUAAAUAGGAAGCUUUUUAAUUAGUGAGCAUGAGCAUCGCAACAACAAUUAGAGAUGCAAUCUAAAUAACAAAGGAAGCAAAAAGAAGAUGUUUAUCAGGAGAAUCUCUAGGAAAAGUAUUCCAUGGAAAUUCAAAUAAGUAUAAAAAAAAUACAUUUGAAAGCAGAAUUGUCAAUAAAGUGUAGAAAAGAAAAAAUGAUAAGAAAUAUCAACAAUCUUAAUAAAUGUGAGUUUUUCAAUGAAAAUAUAAAAUUUGUAAUUAGGCA